AUGCUACAAGAGAUCACCGAUCAGUUUGCACCGCUCAUGAAACGAUUUGCUAUCUUUAAUCUGUGGGAGCAAAGGAAGACCAAAGCGGGCGACGUGAGCUUUGCUGUUGUGGAAGAGGACUCCGCAGCGCCUACGUGGGACAACUCUGAACGAUGCGGUAUAUUCGCAACUCACGACGUCAUGAACAAAUUUUCAGACGUCCACGAUGACGGUUACCGAGUUGUUCUCGAAGCACUAGCACGAUAUAUCACGACUGCGCCUGCUUUAAUCCAUUACAGAUGGGACAAGGAUAUGGAAGCGCUGGGACAUGAACGGCAACUUGAAGCAGAAGAUUUGUUGAAGCCACCGCUCCGAUACCUUAUGUCCGGCGAUGGUAACAAGCCUAAUCGUAACGAAUGGUUCAUCAUCCCACGCUGCUCCAGUACCUACUUUACCGGUAGGAUUCUUCACGCAGAAUUCGUACGGGAGAAGCUAGGUCCAGUCAACCACCUGGACGAAGCCAAUCGACACAGAAUCUUUAUUAUAUAUGGACUCGGCGGUGCCGGCAAGACCCAGUUCUGCUUGAGAUAUGCAGAAGACAACAAAUCAAGAUACUGGGGUGUGUUCUGGAUUGAUGCGAGUAGCGAGGAGAAUGCCGAGAAUAGCUUUGCCUCGCUCGGCCAACAAAUGGGAAAAGGAGCGACCUUCACGGGCGGGAUGUAUUGGCUCUCCCAAUGUACGAAGCCAUGGUUACUCGUGAUCGAUAAUGCUGACGAUCCUGAAAUGGAUGUUUCCAAGUACUUUCCUGUUGGCGGCAGCGGCCACAUCCUGAUCACGACUCGCAAUCCAGGAGCUGAAAUUUACGCCACAGCCGGCCAUCUUCGCUUUAGCGGCUUGGAGCCAGAAGAUGCCGUUAACCUCUUGCUCAAAACCGCGUUUCCCAAGGAUGAAUCGCCUUCUCCAAAGUCAGACAGUCGACGGACUGCACAAAAGAUUACAUCUGAGCUCGGCUACUUGGCACUUGCAAUAGCCAACGCAGGCACGAGUAUUCGUCGCAACAUUUACACACUAGAGAUGUAUCUGAGGCACUACCUAGGGCACAGGAAAGAGAUGAUCGUAUCCAAGAGCAUUAGCACCGCCGAUGAAGCCAAUAUAAUCACGACUUGGGAGAUCCCGUUUCAGAGAAUUGCGAGUCGCAGAUCUCUAGAGUAUAGGGACGCUGUGGACUUGAUCCAUUUAUCCGCCUUCAUGCACUUCGAAUCUAUACCGGAGGCUAUGUUUCAGAGAUCCUGGGAAGGCAUUGAGACAGGGAAACAACUCCAUGUCACUCACGGUCUAGCCGAAACCACAUCAGAGUGGGAUGAAGGGUCUCAAUUUCGGCUACGAACGGCGCUGAGUAUUCUUUACAACUAUUCCAUCAUCGAUCAUGACCCAAAGAGGGGCCUUCUGUCGCUGCAUCCGGUAAUUCAGCGAUGGGCAAAGGACAGACUCUCCGAGACAGACCAAAAACGCUGGCUCAAUGCUGCCGUCGCUGUACUGGCGCAAUGCAUAUCUCCACACAUGGAGGCAUCAGGCCAGGGAUUUCGGAGGUCAUUGUUGCCGCACAUCGAGGCUUGCUUGCGAGCGCUAAAGUCACUAUAUAACACGGUCGGACCGGAUACCGUGGAAAGGGCAACAGAGAUCGAGCGGUUUGCCUGGGUGUUUGCUGAAAAUGGUCUUUGGAAGCGGGCAAGCUCAUAUCAAGUCGACGUCCUCAAGUUCAGGGCCGAGAAGCUCGGCAGAUUCCACAUGCACACAAUUGAGGCACAGCGCAGUCUCGCGCAGUCCAACUUGAAUCUCUUCGAUCUCAUACCAUGCAUUUCGGCCCAGCGCCACAUCCUUGAAACCAACUGGUAUGCGCGCCCUUCCUUUGCAGACUGGAUGACAUGGCCACCUUGGAAACCGGAACACGUCCCCUAUUGCAUUACUCUCUCGGACUUAACACUCUCCCUCUGGUUCGCUGGGAAAUUAGAUUGGUCCAAACGAGCUGGGGAACGUGCAGUCAAAGGCCUGGUGAAGCGUUUAGGCCCUGACGACCCUCUGACCCUGACGGCCAUGUUCAACCUGGCCCGCACAUACCACCACCUCUGCGACAAGCACGCCAGCCGCGCCUUACUGGUCGAAGUCCUUCAUAAACGCAAGCGGCUCUUCGGCCCCAACCACCCGGACACCCUCAUGGUGCGUAACGAGCUCGGCAUGAGCUUCUGCGUCGCCAGAGAGCGCCUUCCAGCCGCCGAGCGGCUCGUGUCGAACGUGCUGGCGGCUCGAAAGAGGAUACUAGGCGAGGAGCAUGCGUAUACCCUCUGGUCGAUGAACGAUCUGGCCAGAGUGCUCACCACACGGCAGCGUCCCGACGAGGCCAUCGCGAUCCUCGAUAAGGUUGCGCCCAUCCUUCGCCGCACUUUGGGUGAGGCGCAUCCCGGCAUGUCAAUGACGAAGGCGAACCUAACGCAGGCGUACGUGCGUGCGGGCCGAUGGGGAGAAGCGGAGACAGUGCUCAAGGAGGUGCUACAAGUUGUCCCAAAGGACCAUCCAGACUGGAUUGUUGCCAAACUAGGGUAUAUACGCGUGCUGAUUGCAACGGAACGAUUGGAGAAGGCGGAGACGGAUUGCCUGAAGGUCUUGAACAUCAUUGCAAAGGAGAAGGUUUUGUCGGCAGAUAGUCCACGAAUACUAGUGAUUGCGGAACAACUCUCGCUAAUAUACGAGAAGCAGGAGCGGUGGAACGAGCUUGAGGCGCUGAAGGCUAGAUACCCGUUGAUGGACCAGCCGGGCAAGCAGCAGUUCAACAUACGGUUGUAG